GAGGAGCGGCAUGACGUGCAAGCAUCGGUCCCGCGGUCGACUAUUGGGGUGGCUCCAGUGCGGAAGUGAUCGGCCGUAGACUCACUGUUCCCAGCGAGCGGUCGGUUGAGUUGCUGGCGAUGGCGAGCCAACUUGUGCAGGCAGUGGCCGCUGUUGUGGUUCUGCAAUGCAUCUCCGCAAGCUGGGUUGGCGCGUGGGCAGGAUCGGCUCAGGCUGAGGGAGGUGACGAGGUGCACUGGGACUACAGCGGUGGGUCGCAUGGGCCAGGUGGCUGGGGUGACCUGAAGGCCGAGUGGGGUGUGUGCAAGUCGGGCAGCCGGCAGUCCCCGAUCGCCAUCACGGCGCUCGACCUGGUCACAGACCGCAGUCUGGGGAAGCUGGAUGCCAAGUACCGGAAGAGAGUUCAUGCCACUCUUUACAACAGCGGGCAUGGGGCUGAGGUAAGUGCCGUGGUCUCUGAAGUUCUCCCUUGGCGAUGUGGCGGUUAUCGUGGUCAAUUGGAACCAGUGAAGUUUAACCCUUGA